UGCCUAUCAAGCUCCGACUCUCUGAAGGUAUUCUAGCGGACGGAUCCAACCUCGGAGCACGCAGCGUUGUGCGUCGCAGCAGCCUGAAUCUUCUGCGCACCAGAACCUCCUCGUUUGCCCGCAAUGCCGCAUCGACCCCAGCAUUUGUGAAAGCGGUUGUGCCUACGGAAAUCUUGGAACGUAUCAUCGUGCUCUACGUUACUGGAUUAAUGCAGCCAAGCUGGCCGGACUCGCCCAGCACCGAAUACUCGUUCAACACCGAAAGCUUGUCGAAAAUCGGGGCCUUGGCGGCUGUAUCAAGAGACACGUUCUUCCUCACUGCACGAGAGGUGUGCAGGAGGGAGAUCAGCUUCGUUUGCUCAAAGGGGGCGAAACGCCUCUGCGGAUUUCUCACUUUCGUUGAGAACUUCUUUCGGAUGCGAGGAUGGUACGGCGGCAGCACCUGGCUCAGGUCUAUCUUUGUCCCCUCAUUCAUGGUGUCUCUCAGAGUCCAUGUGUUCACUCAUCUGACGUCUCUCAAAACCCUCCGCGUCGACUUCUCUCAUACGACCUUGUUCACCCAACGCUCAUCAGCUGCUAACCUCUUCAACGUGGUGGAGUGCGGAAGACCGUUCCCCAAUCUGACCGAGCUCAUUCUGACCAAACUUGCCCGCGUGGACGCGCAUAUACUGACCCUCAUCUCUCACAACUUCCCUCGUCUUACUCUGCUCGUCCUCGAUGCUGUGAGAGCUCUGGAAAUUGACUGUUGUCCGACGUGCUAUGAAGAAAGUCUAAGCAGGAUAAUGCACUCGCCUAUCCCUGAAUGGUUUCGCGAUGCUCAGGAUUUAGGCGUUAUUUUCGGAAUGGCUCUCAGCCCUCUGAAACAUCUCCGAGAUCUCUCUCUUGGAAUAUUUCUCUCUCACUAUCACCUUCUAGACGUUCACACUACUCACGGAAGUAACGAAGACGAUCCUUCUACCGUGACGAGUAUCUCAGGCUGCACGAGCUGCUUAAAAUACAAGCGAAGCACUCAGGAACGCGAACUCAUCGCGAGUUUUUAUCUCGCUUGCUACCUUCCUUCUCUCUCCAGAAUAACAUGGGCCACUGCUUUCUGCAUGUGCCGCGUUGGAGAAGACGACGGUAAUGACGGGAUCGAAGGAUCGCCUGGGUUGUGCAGUGUCGCCUUGGCCUUUGUGAAGACGAAACGGCCCGCCGCAAAAUCUGUGCCCAUGGAGAAGAAGGAGAGUACGGCGAGGUGCUCUUGCAGUCCCGCCGUUUUGAAACGCACCGUCCUUGAAGUCCUUCGGGCGGAGAGUAUUGUGAUCAAGAGAGUUCCUUGAU